GUCCGCCAUGGCGCCGCAGCUGGGCUCGUUAGUGCUCGUUACCGUGGCGGCAGCCUCUGCAGCCCUGGGGCUCAGCCUGCAGCGCGCAGACUCGUCGGAGGCGGCUAUCCUCUCCCUCCACAGACCGCCGCCGGUCGGCAACGCCGUCCACCUGCGCUUCCGCGAGACGCCCGUCUGGCUCGCCUGCCAGAUGCGGGACUCCCCCGCCGACAGGUUCGUCCACCACGCGGCCGCUGCCGACGACGACAACGACACUUCCUCUCUGCCGGACGUCGUUUUCAGAGCCUUCGAUACUGGCACCAGCUUUAAUCUGGCAGGACGUUUCGGGCGUCGCAGUGACGCAGCGGAUGUGUGCUCGCAACAGGUACGAGUGCCGGUUCGAGGCGAGCGAGGCGCAGCGGGCGGAGCUGCGGCAGCGCGAGAUGCUGCGCAUCGGCGUGGGCAUCGUGAUGAUGAAGUACGAGGACGAGAAGUGGUUCUCGGGCGACCUGCCGCCGUUCGACUGCACGACGCGGCGCAGCGCGCUGCCGCGCUGGCUGUUCGACCUCGAGGUGCGCCGGCCGCCCGCCGCCGAGGCGGAGGCGGCUCUGUGCGCCUGGAAGCGCCACUACCCGCGCGGCUGGCGCGGCCUCGACGCGCUCGCGCCGCUCGCUGUCGACUUCCCGGACCUGCCGACCGUCGCCUGCGCCAUGGCUCCGCCAGACGACUUCUCGGCCGGCACUGUCGCCUUCACUCUGCCCGGCCUCGCCGACCCGCCCUUCGUCUGCGUCUUCCGAACCUACCGGGACUUCCCCGGGCUGGUCGAGACGCAGCUGCAGCGACAGCUGGACGACCUGCAGCGGCGGCUGCGCGCCUCUCAGGAGCCCCAGGGAAACCACGCGGUCCGCUGCGAGCGGGCAGGCAAUGGCGAGCCGUCCUCUCUCUCCAGCAAGGCCAAGAGGGUGACUUUUGUGGUACGGGCCGCCGGUGGCUACACCGCUCGAUGCAGGUUCCGGGUGUCAAAGGAUGCAUUUUCUAAAUGAUUCUACGAAGCUGUCAUCAUCGUAGUGACAGCAGGAAUGGACUGACAGAUGAAAACACACCGAAGAGGACAACUAGGAUUCUGUGUCAUGAAUUCGCUCUUCUGCUGGAGUGCGUAGCGUUCCUAAAAUGAAAAAUAUACUUUUCCCGUCUACCACAGUUGUGUCUCUUAUAUCUGUAGCCCUACUGACAUCUAACAGCAUUCUUUGGUUUCAGUCAUCAGAGGAAUAUACCAUAAAGAUGACAAAGAAAGAAAGGAAAAUGAAAUCUGAGUUCCCAGUCUAGCAACAUGGCAUGGGCCUGGAAAUUAAACGCAUUUUGGAAUUUAUAACGUUUUUUUCUGUAAGAGAUACCUUCCCGCGCCCGCUGCUGUAGCUGCAAAAUAAUUGCCUUCUGUUCAUAGAAAUGCUUGUUGCUUCAAUAAAGGAAUUGGAAUAAUUAAUGAA